UACCCACGCGGCCACACAGACCCCUUACGUGUACCGUGUACUGGCGAUUCUGCUUCUUUCCGUUUGAGCCUGCUGCUCCUCGUCACUCCGGAAAGCUUGACUCUUCCCUCUUCAGCUUCCUCCCCAGUCCUACAACACUUCCUGGGAAUGGGUCGAAAACCCAACGCUCCCAAGCUACCGGCCAAGUCUUCCAUGCCCGUAGGUAUGAAUCCUUCUCUGGGGAAGUCUGAACCAAGUUCAGCUUUAGAGGAAGAAAAGGGAAAAUCUGAGCUGGAGCAGAAGUCUACUUCACGUAGGAGGAGAAAAUCCGGAUAUUAUUCUUCUAGUGUUAGGCGAUCACAACGUAUAACUCCUCUAACGGUUACCCCUAACCAAGAUAUUGAACCAUAUGUUGAGGACAUCAUUGUUAGCGAGGAUGAGAAUGAUGAAACUGAUACUCAAAUGGAGAAAGUAUGGUCAGAGCCGGACGCAAACCUGGAUGAAAAUAAUUUGAAAGAAAAAGUUGACUACAUGUUACAGCGAUUAGAAGCUCUUGAAAAGAUCAUAGAAUCGUUGCAAGCCAAGCUGGAUGAAAAUAUUGACUUAGGUAAAACCGCUCCUUCAGCAUCCGCUGUAUACAGGAAGUACACAGAAUCCCAGAAUCAGCUUGAAGCGUUAAGAGAAGAAAAUCAGCGACUUAGUGGAAAGCUAGAACAUGCUUUAGGCAAAGUUGAAGUGCUGGAGAAGCAGAGUGGCGCGUUGGUUGAACUAUUGGUGAAUUGGAAGGAUGUUGUAAUGAUCUCCAAUCUGUCCAAAAGUACUGAAAGAGCUGUCAAUGCAUCAGUACAAGCAAUCCAAACUGCUUGUGCGGCUUACGGUGGCAAAAGAAAGUGACAGGCCACGAAAAGCUGAAAACAAAUGAUAUUUGACCUCUGGUAUGCUAUUGUAAUAUAGUAAUGUUGUGAACACACGUUUGUAUUUUGGUAGGCUGAAACUUGUGUUGCUUACUGUGGAUGUCGUUUGAACAUGUUAGUAGUCUGGUAGGAAUGAUAAUGUGUUUCGGUUCUUUCUUUUGCCUGUGUUCGGUGUGCUUUGGCCUGAAUUUCUGGUGAUUUACCGGGGAUUUAAAGAGUCACCAGAGAAGUUCAAGUUGGCUCUUGAAA